GACCCUUUGACCAGCUCUUUUGACUUCUUUCAUUUCCUUGUCCUCAGUUAUAAAAAAUGCGCCGAAAUCCGACUCUAUCUCUCCUUUCACUCACAGCACUUACAGCCAUCUCAGGCGUGAAUGCCGCCGAAUCAGAAGAUUCUCUGGCGUCCGUCAUCGAGCGGACUGUCCCUCUUCGCACCCAUUCCUUGGCCGCGCCCUAUGUCGAUACUGAUCUACAGAACCGGUGGUGGGAUUUCGGUGGGGAUACUAUUAUUAAUACAAACAAACAUGUCCGCCUCACCCAAGACAAACCUUCCCAGUCCGGCUGGCUUUGGGCUCGCAUGCCUCUCUCUGUAUCCAACUGGCAAAUCGAUGUCGAGUUCAAAGUUGAUGGCAAGGCGCACAAUAUCUUUGGAGAUGGUUGGGCAUUUUGGUUGACUUCUGACCGGGCGAAGCAGGGGCCGGUUUUUGGAAGUGUGGAUUGGUUCAAGGGGAUUGGUAUUUUCUUUGAUACUUACGCAAACUCGAAACAUGCUUACACUUUCCCUCGAGUAAGCGCAAUGCUAGGCGACGGCAAGACGUCGUAUGACCACGAUCGGGAUAACGAGGCGAAUGAGAUUGGGGGCUGCUCAGAAAACUUUAGGAGGAGAGGGGAUGUCCCGACAAAGGCAAGAUUGACCUAUGUCAAGGGCAGAGCUCUACAGCUUAAAUUACAAACCAAAAAGUCGGACGAGUGGAAAAUCUGUUUUGAAACGAACGUGGAUCUUCCAGAAAGUCCUUACAUUGGGUUCUCAGCUGCUACCGGAGAUGUUAGCGACGAUCACGAUAUCGUCGCGGUAAACACCUAUUCUCUCACUCUCAAACCCGAAUACCGCGCAUCCAAAUCCAGCUCUGACUCUAAGUCUAAGUCUAAGUCUGAUGGAAAGCAAGCAGCUAUGAACGCGAACACCAAUGGGAUGAGCGGUAAAGGUCGAAAGGAAGUGAAGAGCGGUGGUACUGGAUGGUUCAUGUUUAUCCUGAAGGUCAUUGGUGUGUUGGCAUUCAUCGCUUUUGCUGUAGCCGCUUUCAAGACGUACAACGAGCAACAGAAGUCGAAGAGACAUUGGUAAAUCAGGGUGUUGAUGGCUGAUGCGACCGAGAAAUGGGAAGAUGAGGUAUUGAGAGGGGAAGUUGAGAAGGGCGACCAAAGAUCGAGCCGAGCACCGGAAGGGCGGGAGGGUAGCUUAACCGUUGGGCGGCUUUUUCUUCUGCAUUCAAUGGAUAUAUAACGAGUUCAUUUUGAUUGUCGCUACAAGAGACUGUUAACGGUUAAUUUAGCGACGAAUUAUUAGUUUUAACAACUUGAUGAGCGAAGAGGAGGGUCGAAAAAUGAAGGACAUGCACAUGGAUUUUGUAG